AGAUCGUGUUCCCUUCUUCCCAUUCUGCACCGAUAUCUCACAUUAAUUUCGAUAUUGCCACUGGAAGAAAAAGGUAUCGUAAAAAGAAAAGAAAAGAACAAACAGAGCGUAGCUCUAAAGCUAUGGACGGUUUGCUGGCUGACGAAGAGAGGCGAGUCCCGGGUGACUCGGCCGAGUUGACCGUUAGGAAGCGAGUUAGAGACGAGUCGAACGAGGCGGACCUUGACUCGCCGGAGGUGAAGCGGUUGAGGGACGACUUACUCGGUGUCCUCGACGACCCGGACCCUGACCCGGCGAGUCAGGAUCUCGAUUCGGUCAUGAAGAGCUUCGAGGACGAGUUGUCCGCAACGACGACGCAUCACUCCGGCGGGCCACAGACAGAUCUCGGAUACCUUCUAGAGGCUUCCGACGACGAGCUUGGCUUGCCUCCUCCUCCGGCGCCGGCGUCGUCUUCGGCGCCGAAGGACGAGGAGACGGAUUCCGAGUUAGUACGAGUCUCAUCCGAUUCGUCUGGGAACGGCGAGUUCUGGGAAUUUGAGGACCAGAUGACGAGUUACGGCUCGUUCGAACUCGGUGCCGGCGACGGAUUCUUGGGGGUAGAUGGGUUGUUCGAAUAUCCAGACGGCUGUUUUGAUUCCGGCGAGGUGUUGCCUUGGCGGCCGGAAACUUUGCCGGCGGAGUAAAAAAAAAAGGAAGAGAAAUCGAAAGCGUAAAAAAGUAGGAUGAGGAAACGACGCCGUAUUUUGUAAAGCGUUUUUUUGGCCCCAAAUUGGUGUAUUUGCCCUAUCAUUUUAAUGAUAGAUGGGAAAUGGGUAUGUAUGUACUUACUAUGUAUAUCUCUAUAUGUAAAAGUAUUUUAGGAUUAGGAAAGAUGGUUAGUUUAAUUUUUUUUUAAUUUAAAAAAUCGGUUUGUUAUUUCAUAUUAAUAUUUGCACAAAAAACUGGUCUGGAGAGGCAAAAGAAGUGU